AUGGGUGGUAAAUAUAAAAUCGUUAUGAUUCGGCACGGAGAAAGUGAAUGGAACCAGAAAAAUCUAUUUUGCGGCUGGUAUGAUGCGGAUUUGAGCGACAAGGGUCGCGAAGAAGCUGGGGCUGCGGGUAAAGCUCUGAAGGCCGAAGGUUAUCAAUUUGAUGUGGCGCAUACAUCCGUUUUGAAGAGAGCUCAAAUCACUUUAAACUCUGUCUUGAAAGAAAUUGGACAAACUGAUAUUACCAUAAAUAAGACGUGGCGGUUAAACGAAAGGCACUAUGGUGGUCUAACUGGACUUAACAAAGCUGAAACUGCUGCUAAAUAUGGUGAAGCUCAAGUACAGAUAUGGCGUCGCAGCUUUGAUGUACCACCCCCAGCCAUGGAGAAAGACCAUCCAUACUAUGAUACCAUUGUAAAGGAUCCACGCUAUGCAGGUGACCCAAAACCAGAAGAGUUCCCAAUGUUUGAAAGCUUGAAACUUACCAUUGAGAGGACACUGCCAUAUUGGAACGAUGUUAUUGUUCCACAGAUCAAAGAGGGCAAAAGAAUUAUUAUUGCAGCCCAUGGUAACAGUUUGAGAGGCAUUGUCAAACAUUUAGACAACCUCAGCGAUGCAGCUAUUAUGGAGUUGAACUUACCGACUGGUAUUCCAUUUGUAUAUGAGCUUGAUGAAGACAUGAAGCCUGUGGAUUCUAUGGUCUUCCUCGGAGAUGAAGAGACAGUCAAGAAAGCAAUGGCAGCAGUCGCAGCUCAAGGAAAGGCAAAGUAA